AUGUCUGAGAAGCCCGCUGGUUUGACGAAUCUCGCUAGUGUUACUAGUAACACUGAUAGAAGAGAAGCUGCUGACCACGAGUUGGACUUGCAUGCCAUCACUUCGCAACCGCUUUCUAUUGGAGAAGUUGGUGAGGAAUUCACCUCUGACCAGAAGUUUUUCAUAUUGAAGAGAUUGAAUUAUGGCCAUCUUGAUAACCUCGAUGAUCUUCCUCCAGGGGCGGUGUUCAUGAUGGAGAAGAUUCAGAGUCUUUCCUCUGAAGAGGCGAGAGCGAUUAUAGAGGAUUACAUUGCAAAGCAUCUUGGAGAAGUCAACAUUCCCACGGAAGAGUUUGAAUUCAUCGAAAAGCUCUACAAGAUUGAGACCUCCUCCGGAGGUAACGUGGCUAAACACUUAGAACAGUCGUUAGAGAAGCUGGAGUACAACGUUGCAAGUGAUGAAGUCGAAGAGUCGCUGAUGAGCCUGGGACCUAGUCACCAUGUUAUCGUUGACCCUGCUCUCCAACUCAGAGUAGAGGCUGGAAUUAUCGCUUAUUGGUCUCCUUACCUGAAGUAA